CUUUUCAAGAAGGCCGCAUUUGGUUGGCCCAUGGAAACAAGGCAAACGAGUGAAGAACCCAAAACUGAUUCUGAACGGUCAAAAACACCCGCCAAAGCAUGAGUUCCAUAGUUAAUGGCUCACCAUCACAUCCCUCACCUUCGGUUAAUAAGGCUCUGCUCUUUCCCAUCAAUACCUCUGUGCAAAACUCCAUCAGUUUGUACAUUCUGUACUCUUGUGCCAACCCAAAGAACACCCACAAGCUGGAAAACCUUUUCACACAUUUUCCAAGAGUGCUCGGAUCAACGAGCUCUGAAUCCGGGCAAACAAGCCCAUGCUCGCAUGCUCGUUACUGGGUUUCAGCCCACCGUCUUUGUUGCGAAUUGUUUGGUGCAAAUGUAUGUGAAAUGUCGUAGUUUGGAAUAUGCUUCUAACGUGUUUGAUAGAAUGGGGCAACGAGACACGGUCUCCUGGAACACGAUGAUUUUUGGGUACGCAGGAUGUGAGAAGAUGGAGAUCGCGCAGCUGUUUUUUAACAGAAUGCCCUUGAGAGAUGUGGUGUCUUGGAAUUCUUUGAUCUCAGGGUACUUGCUGAAGGGUGAUUAUUCGGAGUCGAUUGAUAUAUUUGUGAAGAUGGGGAGAACGGGGAUGGUGUUCGACCGUACUACGUUUGCAGUUUCUUUGAAAUCAUGUUCCGUUACCGAAGACGUUGACUUGGGGAUUCAGAUUCAUGGACAUGCAGUGAGGAGAGGUUUCGAUAAUGACGUGGUAACAGGAAGUGCUCUAGUACAUAUGUAUGCCAAAUGUAAGAAAUUAGUUGAUUCUCUCCAGGUUUUCCACGAAAUGCCCGAAAAGAAUUUGGUUUCUUGGAGCGCUGUUAUUGCCGGUUGUGUUCAGAAUGAUCAGUUCAUUAAGGGCUUAGAACUGUUCAAGAAGAUGCUGAAGGUGGGAAUCAAGGUUAGUCAAUCUAUUUAUGCUAGUCUUUUCAGGUCCUGUGCAGGGUUAUCUGCAUUUAGGUUAGGCACUCAGUUGCAUGGACACGCCUUAAAGACCAACUUUGGAUUUGAUGUCAUUGUGGGAACUGCCACUAUGGAUAUGUAUGCAAAAUGUGACAGCAUGCCUGAAGCUCGAAAGCUAUUUAACUCAUUGCAAAACCAUAAUUUGCAAUCUUACAAUGCCAUUAUUGUUGGUUAUGCUCGACGUUAUCAAGGUUUCAAAGCUCUGGAGCUAUUUUGGCUUUUGCAGAAAUCUGGCCUUGGUUUUGAUGAGAUAAGCCUAUCUGCUGCAUUUAGCGCAUGUGCAGUGAUCCAAGGAAAUUUGGAGGGGCUUCAACUACAUGGAUUAGCAGUUAAGAAUUGUUUGAGGUCAAGUAUUUGUGUGGCAAAUGCAAUGUUGGACAUGUAUGGUAAAUGUGGAGGUCUCUUUGAAGCUUGUAGCGUGUUUGAUGAGAUGGGAAGAAGAGAUGCUGUGUCUUGGAAUGCAAUUAUUGCAGCCCAUGAGCAGAAUGAAAAUGAAGAGGAAACACUUUCUCUCUUUGUUUCAAUGCUCCAAUCAAGAAUGGAACCUGAUGAGUUCACCUAUGGCAGUGUUUUAAAAGCAUGUGCUGGUCAGCAAGCUUUAAACUAUGGCUUGGAGAUCCAUAACAGAAUAAUCAAAUCCAGAAUGGGGUUGGACUUGUUUGUUGGAAGUGCCCUUGUGGAUAUGUACUGCAAGUGUGGAAUGAUGGAAGAGGCAGAAAAGAUCCAUGACAGAUUAGAAGAACCAACGAUGGUUUCUUGGAAUGCCAUAAUUUCUGGAUUCUCAAUGCAAAAGCAAAGUGAGAGUGCUCAGAGAUUUUUCUCCCAGAUGUUGGAGAAGGGUGUAAACCCAGAUAACUUCACUUAUGCAACAGUUCUCGACACUUGUGCUAAUUUGGCUACCGUUGGACUUGGGAAGCAAAUCCAUGCUCAAAUCCUUAAGCUGGAAUUGCAAUCAGAUGUGUAUAUAACCAGCACUCUCGUCGAUAUGUACUCAAAAUGUGGAAACAUGCAAGACUCCCAAUUAAUGUUUGAGAAAGCACCUAGGCGAGAUCCUGUGACAUGGAAUGCAAUGAUUUGUGGAUAUGCUUACCAUGGUUUUGGAGUAGAGGCCCUGACGACUUUUGAGAAUAUGCAGCUUGUAAAUGUGAGACCAAACCAUGCUACUUUUGUUUCAGUUCUUCGUGCUUGUGCGCACAUUGGGCAUGCUGAGAAAGGGUGGCAUUACUUCCAUGCUAUGCGGAGUGACUAUGGUUUCGAUCCUCAGUUGGAGCAUUAUACAUGUAUGGUUGAUAUAUUAGGCCGGUCAGGUAAAGUUAAUGAGGCUUUGAAACUUAUUCAAGAGAUGCCUUUUGAAGCUGAUGCUGUUAUUUGGAGAACUCUCCUCAGUAUUUGCAAGAUCCAUGGGAAUGUAGAGGUGGCAGAAAAAGCGGCAAAUUCUAUCCUGCAAUUAGAACCUCAAGACUCUUCUGCUUAUGUCCUUCUGUCAAAUAUCUAUGCUGAUGCAGGUAUGUGGGUUGAGGUAACCGAGAUGAGAAAAAUAAUGAGGUACAAUUAUUUAAAAAAGGAACCGGGUUGUAGUUGGAUCGAGGUAUUAGAUGAGGUUCACACAUUUCUUGUUGGUGACAAGGCUCAUCCGAGAUGCAAAGAGAUAUAUGAGAAGCUUGAUGUUCUAAUUGGUGAGAUGAAGUGGGAUGGGUAUGUUCCACAUUUUGAUUUUGUACUUGAUGAGGAGAUUGAGGAACUCCAAGAGCAAGAAGAGCUCAGAUCUAGCAUGAAUGUUAUGUAGUUGACAGCCAGGUGAAGAGCAUGAGAUUUUUUCAAUGACUUUUCCAUGAUUGCAAUUUGGAAUAAGUUGGGAAACGAAUAUAGAAGAGUUGGACACAAGUUCGGCAGCACAAUCACCAAGACUCAGGUAUUUGGUAAAUUUACUGAUUUGUGGGAAGAUUAUACAGCUUGUGACAUUGUACUGGGGGUUCUUACUAGAAAUUUGGAGAUCUUGGAUACAAUUUAGGAAAAGAAGUGAUAGAUACUGAGUUAUAAGGAUGGCAUGAAUUGAUUAUGCAGGAGGAAUAAGAAGAAUCUAGUCUUUGGAAAAACUGGCCAUGUGGUAUUGAUUAUCCCUGACCAGGUUUUUCCGUUUCAGGCCCCAUUUUUGAACAAAUAAUUAUAGCAGAAAGGUGGUAAUUUGAACACGAAUGGGUUCGUCCAUUGAAAUAAACAACAGAAUGAA